AUGGAGUCCACUACGGGUCAGCCAUCUGCUCCAGACCAACGACGUGCUCACCAAGACCCUGCGAAAGGUUCGGUCGAAGACACGUCAAAUGGCUCCACAGCAUCAGGGAAUUCACCUCAGCUCCUACCACAAUUUUAUUCUGCCGUGACUUCAUCGAGCGAGAUCCAAGACACAGGGACACCUUCAUUCAGCAAAGACGCCACGGCCGUCACCUCUUCAAGCAAUACUUCGCGGCAGGCCAACAACAAUUCCCAUGCCCGCCCAUUGUCCUCGAGCUCGUUCUCGACAGGCACCUCGGAUGAUUCUCCGAUAGAAAGAAGCGAGUCCAGAUUCGAGCCUCUAAAGUCAACACCGUCGGCUAGAGAACAGCGCCCAGGUCUUCAUCAGCGGAAGAGCAUACAGACCGAGGAUGACCUGUUCACCGCCUUGUCACGCCGGCGGACCAGUGCUUCAGGCAAAUCCCAGGGCGAGCUCCAAGAAGAGAAUGAUGAAAUAGAGCGACUCAUGUCUCGCAUGUUUGGCAAAGCCCGACAAGAACAUAGCGAAGAAGAGAAGACCCGUCACAGUGGUGUCAUCUUUCGUGAUCUGACAGUCAAGGGUGUCGGGCUCGGUGCCAGUCUACAACCAACAGUUGGCGACAUAUUCCUUGGCCUCCCUCGGGCGCUGAGGACCCUUUUCACCAAAGGUGCCAAAGCUGCGGGCGGCAAGCCACCAGUCCGCGAACUUCUCAGCCAUUUCAAUGGCUGCGUCAGACCGGGCGAGAUGCUGUUGGUUCUUGGUAGACCUGGAUCUGGUUGUUCGACAUUCCUCAAGACAUUCUGUAAUCAGCGUGAAGGUUACGAAGCAGUUGAAGGAGAAGUUACUUACGGUGGUACUGAUGCCAAGACCAUGAGGAAGGACUUCCGGGGAGAAGUCAUCUACAAUCCAGAAGACGAUCUGCACUAUCCUACUCUGACGGUCAAGCGUACGUUGAUGUUUGCUCUUCAGACCCGGACACCAGGUAAAGAAUCGAGAUUGGAAGGUGAGUCUCGGGCAGACUACAUGAAAGAAUUCUUGAGGGUUGUGACCAAGUUGUUUUGGAUCGAGCACACCCUCGGCACCAAAGUUGGUGAUCAAUUCGUGCGAGGAGUAUCUGGCGGAGAAAAGAAGCGUGUGAGCAUAGCAGAAGCCAUGAUUACGAGGGCCUCGGUUCAGGGUUGGGACAAUUCAAGUCGGGGCCUCGACGCCAGUACUGCUUUGGAAUAUGUUCAGUCUAUUCGAGCUCUCACGAAUAUGGCAAGCACAUCGACAGCAGUUUCUCUUUACCAAGCCGGGGAAUCUCUAUACGAAUUGGUCGACAAAGUAUUGCUGAUUCACGAAGGGAAAUGUUUGUACUUUGGACCAGCAGAUCGUGCGAAGCAAUACUUCAUGGACCUUGGUUUCGAGUGCAAGCCGCGGUGGACGACUGCCGACUUCCUCACUUCAGUGACUGAUGUUCACGAAAGAGCUGUCAGGAAAGGAUGGGAAAACCGGAUUCCUCGAAACGCAAACGAAUUUGCGUCUUUAUACCGGAAUUCCGAUGCCUACCAACGCAAUCUAGAAGACAUCCGAGAUUUCGAGGCUCACCUGGAGGAACAACGAACUGUCCGUCACGAAAACAGGUCCAAGAAAAACAAGAAGAAGAAUUAUGCGAUCCCCUUCCACAAGCAGGUGCUCGCAUGCACCCAUCGACAAUUCCUUGUCAUGCUGGGCGAUCGCGCAUCGCUGGUGGGCAAAUGGGGUGGCAUUGUUUUCCAGGGACUCAUCGUCGGCAGCUUGUUCUUUCAGAUGCCAAAGACGACUGCUGGUGCCUUUCCAAGAGGUGGCGCUAUCUUUCUUGUCCUCCUCUUCAAUGCCCUUUUGGCCCUGGCAGAAAUGACAGCCGCGUUCACAUCAAAACCGAUCUUGCUGAAGCACAAGUCAUUCUCCUUCUACCGCCCCGCAGCCUAUGCUCUCGCGCAAACGGUGGUCGAUGUUCCGCUGGUCGCCAUUCAAGUCCUGCUAUUCAAUAUCAUCAUAUACUGGAUGGGUGGUCUUGCUGCCUCCGCUUCUCAAUUCUUUAUAUCCUGCCUUAUCAUUUGGAUCGUCACGAUGGUCACCUACGCCUUUUUCCGCGCCAUUUCCGCUCUGUGCAAAACCCUCGACGACGCGACACGGUUUACUGGUGUCUCGAUUCAGAUUUUGGUAGUAUAUACUGGCUAUCUUAUCCCACCUGAACAAAUGCGCGUCUGGUUCAGCUGGCUUCGAAGGAUCAACUGGAUACAGUAUGGCUUCGAGUGUCUCAUGUCGAACGAGUUCACCGGCCUCAUUAUGGACUGCGUACCGCCGAGCCUCGUGCCACAAGGCCCAAAUGCCUCACCUCAGUAUCAGUCGUGCACAUUGGCUGGUAGCCAGCCUGGGCGGACCUCUGUUGAUGGUGCCCGUUAUAUUCAACAAGCCUUUGGGUACAGCCGCUCGCAUCUGUGGCGCAAUUUUGGCAUUCUUUGGGCCUUCUUCGCGUUUUUCCUCGCAGUCACCGCCUUCGGGAUGGAAAUCAUGAAGCCAAACGCUGGAGGUGGCGCAAUUACCGUCUUCAAACGUGGUCAAGUGCCAAAGAGGAUGGAAGAAUCGAUUGAGACUGGCGGAAGAGAGAAAAAGACAGAAGGUGACGAAGAAUCUCGCAGCUCUACACAAGAAACUACGGUGGAAAAGAUGAUGAGUCCGGAGGAUGAAAACAAGGAGUCGCCAAACACAAAGCAGGAUGGCGGCCCAGUUGAUCAAGUGGCGAAGAACGAGACUGUUUACACCUUUCGGAAUAUCAAUUACGUGAUUCCAUACGAGAAGGGCGAAAGGCAGCUUCUGCAGAACGUGCAAGGCUAUGUCCGUCCUGGGAAACUCACUGCGUUGAUGGGCGCGAGUGGUGCAGGGAAGACAACUCUCCUCAAUGCAUUGGCCCAGCGCCUCAAUUUUGGCACGGUGACGGGCGAGUUUCUUGUGGACGGGCGACAGUUGCCCAGGUCAUUUCAGCGAGCUACCGGAUUUGCCGAGCAGAUGGAUAUUCAUGAGCCCACCUCAACGGUCAGGGAAGCUUUGCAGUUCUCGGCACUGCUGCGUCAGCCUAAAGAGGUGUCAGUUGAGGAGAAAUACAGCUACUGCGAGACUAUCAUCGACCUGCUGGAAAUGCGGGACAUUGCGGGCGCCACCAUCGGACAGAUUGGCGAGGGACUGAAUCAAGAACAGAGGAAGCGGUUAACCAUCGGUGUCGAGCUGGCCAGUAAGCCGGAGCUGCUCAUGUUCCUAGAUGAGCCGACUUCUGGCCUCGAUUCUGGGGCAGCCUUCAACAUUGUUCGCUUUCUUCGGAAAUUGGCCGAUGCUGGCCAGGCUAUUCUCUGCACUAUUCACCAGCCAUCGGCCGUCUUGUUCGAGCAUUUUGAUGAGCUCAUCUUACUCAAAGCAGGUGGUCGAGUCGUCUAUCAUGGCCCGCUUGGCCAUGAUUCGCAUGACCUCAUACACUACUUCGAAGAGAACGGUGGACCCAAGUGUCCAGCGGAUGCAAACCCAGCAGAGUACAUGCUGGAGGCGAUAGGUGCUGGCGAUCCCAACUAUAAAGGCAAAGAUUGGGGCGAUGUUUGGGAGCAGAGCAGGAACCAUGAAGAACGAUCCAACGAGAUCAUCGAAAUGAUUGAACGCCGAAAGCAUGUCGAGCAUAGCAAGAACGUGACAGACGACCGAGAGUACGCCAUGCCACUUACGACACAGACUCUGGCCGUGGUGAAGAGAUCAUUUGUGGCGUAUUGGCGCACCCCUAACUAUAUCGUUGGCAAGUUCAUGCUCCACAUCAUGACCGGACUUUUCAUCUGCUUCACCUUCUACCACCUUGGGUUCGCCUCGAUCGAUAUGCAAUCCCGCCUAUUUGCAGUUUUCCUGGUGCUCACCAUCUCUCCGCCCCUCAUUCAACAGUUACAGCCGGUCUUCCUCAAGUCUCGGAACAUCUUCGAGUCGCGAGAGAACAACGCCAAGAUCUACAGUUGGUUUGCGUGGACCACCGGCUCCGUCUUAGUCGAGAUCCCGUACUCCUUGCUCGCUGGAGGUAUCUUCUACUGUUGCUGGUGGUGGGGCAUCGCCGGGUACCGGUCGUCGACCUCUGGCUUCACGUCUGGCUUCCUGUUGCUGAACAUCCUGCUCUUCGAGCUGUAUUAUGUCAGCUUCGGACAGGCUAUCGCCUCCCUCUCGCCCAACGAACUCCUCGCCAGUUUAUUGGUGCCGCUGUUCUUCCUUUUCGUUGUCAGCUUCUGCGGAGUGGUCGUCCCUCCCGCACAGUUGCCGUAUUUCUGGCGGAGUUGGAUGUAUUGGCUUACGCCGUUCCACUACCUCCUCGAAGCAAUGCUUGCAGCCAUAAUCCAUAACAAACCCGUUCGAUGCAAUCAAGGGGAAUUUGCCCGGUUCCGCGCACCCCCAGGCCAGACCUGUCAAUCGUACACGCAACAGUACAUUAGCCAAGCCGGAGGCUAUGUCCAGGUGGGAUCUGGGGGACUGUGCGAAUUCUGCCAAUACGCGACGGGCGACCAGUUCGGACGUGGGUUUUCCGUCUUCUACUCCCAUAUCUGGCGGGACUUCGGCAUCUUCAUUGCUUUCAUCAUGUUCAACUAUGCUGUUGUCUACAUAUGUACUUUCUUGAGGUUCAAGGCGAAGAAUCCAUUCAAGGCUGUCAUGAUGAAGAGGAAGCAGAAGGGUUGA